AACACAUUAAUCAUAUUAGUAUAAAUCCUAUAAUGAUUGCCAAUAUAUAGUUACACCUCGUUGUAAGGAUUCCAACAACUAGGUACGAUGUUGUCUGUCUUGAGAGUAAUUGCAGUUGUAACAAUCUUCGUCACCAUUGCUGGAGCCCAUGCCAGAUAUAUUCCAGAUUAUGCAGAUGAUGGUCUAACUAGCAAUGAAAAAACUUCAUUUCAAGAUAGUCAGAUAUUAGGGUUUUUUGCCAUUAUGAGAAAGUGCUUCUCUAAAGGGCUAGACCGCGACGGCUCAAUAAAAUCCGGUGGAGCGGAUAAUGUUUUCCGGCCAGCGUUGCCACCACCUCCACCACCUAAGUCACCUCCGGGACCCCAUGCCAGCAUUUCUCCCGAUGAAAUUGAAAUGCCCUCCUUCAAGAAAUUACCUCAGAUGUUCGAGUGAAGAUGACCCAAUUCUCAAGUUUUAAUUUGUCCAAUAUUUCCUACUCGUGUAGGAAUUGCCUCAUAUAUGCGUGUAGGUUAAUGUUUUUGUGGUUUUAUCUGUCUAUGUACAGAAAUAAAAAUAAAUGAGGUAUGGAAAGUUCAAACUCAUGUUGGACUAGCUAUCGUAUGUACAUGUUAAAUUGAAUAUGUCUAGUUGAAAAUUA